GCGGCGCUCGGCGGCUCCAGCAGGGGGCGUCAGCUGCACCGACUCUCAAAGCCAGACCGCGAGACAUGUGGCUGAGACUUUCAGAAAGCACAGCUCCGUUUUUUAGCCCAAAACAACUCUCGGAUUGUGCGCCAGCUUCGUCAGCAUUUCGCAGCGCGACUUUGGACCCUAAAAACAGUUGAGUAGGUGCGAAGCGGCCGCAGCAGCGCUCAGAGUGGUGAUCAGGACAGCCCGGGGCGGACAUGACUGGAGCUGGAAGUGGUGGCCAAGGCCCGCCUGACGGGACGGAUGCUGAGGAGGCGGAGAAGUGUCCCAUCUGCCUCGGCGUUCUGGCCGGAGGCGAGCUCGCCAUGCCUGACAGCUGCUGUCACGUCUUCUGCCUCAGAUGCCUCCUCACGUGGGCAGAGUUGCAGAUGGCUCCGUCCUGCCCGGUGGACAGAAGACCUUUCACUAAUGUUUACAGAUGGGACGGGAAUCUGAGCUGUGUGCAGGUUCCUGUGAGGAAAAGGGCAACUCAGCCUGAAGCCGAGAGUUGCUGCUGUAGAAACCCCGAACAAAAAGUCUGUCUGAAAAGUACGCCUGCGAGAAGAUCGAGGCGGCAAAAGGUGGAGCGGACAGCAGACGCCAAAACAAAAGGACUUGUGAGGAAAUGUAACGACGACGACCCCUCAGCGCUGAGCAGAAAAAAGCAGAGAGGAACGGAGUGCUGCACGUGGUCACCGUCUCCUUGUGUCUCAGUAACGACGACGUCGACUCAGGACAUUGCAGAACCUAUUUUGGUUUCAGAGGACAUACCAUAUGACACCGUGUUCAAACAGUGCAAACCCCAGGCGCAAGAUUGUCCGUGGCUUUCUCCCGCUGCUCCCAUCCCUGCUAACGGCACCUCAAGGCAAAGUUUCCAUCCCACUGGUUGGAACCGCAGCCCGUUUCCAUUUGGUCACUGUUCACCUCCCUUUACCUCCACUUCACUGUUUGGCCCCGGUCAUUUUGUGUUUCAAGGUGUUGUCUGCGCCAUCACAUGUCCCAAAGGAGGAGAGAAAAGAGGCGGUCGAGCUUCAACCUCCAAAGCUCCCACCAAAGAGGCCGAGUCUGUACCAGCCAGGCGAUCUGGACGCCACAGUAAAACCCAGGAAGAGGCUCCCGCGUCUGACCCAUCACCACCACAGUCAAAUUCGUCAGACUCUGACUCGUCCACCGGCCAGUCUGCCAAACCAGGCAGGGCUUCUCAGGCACCAGCCAAGAGGAAGGGCAAACAGGUGACAAACCGAAAGGCCAGUGGGAAACGGAAAGCCCCGACAAGAAAAAAAAAAUCUCCUGAAGUUAUCAGCCCAGCAGCAAGUGAAGAGGAGGAAGAGGGUGAUGGGGAUGACAAUGUGGAGAAGGAGGAGGAAGACGAGAAGGAGGAGGAGGAAGAAGAGAAAACUGAUCAGGAGCAGAAUUUCAACAACUCAGAGCAGCCACAAUCUGAUGCUGAAGGGAGCCUCAAUGAAGACCAGGAUGGUUUCAACUGUGCUGAUGACCAAGGAGGUGCUGAACCUUUGACUAACAAUGUGGGACAGGACUGCGACGAGACUCAGGAACAAUCUAAUGAACAUGAACAGAAACCAGAUGAGGGAGACAAUGACAUGUCCUGUCCCUCAGACUCAGCUCCUAACAGUCCCGGUUCAUGCUCUGAGGGUGAGGAGAGAAGGGAGGACGAAGAGCCAGCGAGCCCCGUUUCCUCUGAAGAAAAGGACUCUGAGAAAAGGACUUCACCGUCACCCUCUGACUCUCAGGAUGCUCGGCUGGAGAACGCGAUGUCUCCACACUGUGAUGAGCAGGAUGAUAACAUGGAGGUUUGUGCAGAGUCAGAAGAAUUCAACAAUGAAGAAUCUUCAAAGGAAGUGAAGGCUGAAUCGUGUGAGAAUUCUCCACAACCACCUUCCCCCUCUGCCGGAGAGUCAGAGGAUGAUUCAACUGUCCCAGAAUCAAAAGCUUCUGAAGGCGCUGAUACAGAAAAGGUUGGAUCAGAAGAGCCCUCAGUAGUUGACAGCUCUGGGGAAGGACCCAAGGAUGACAGUACAUUCAAGGAUGACACCGAAGUUGUCGCCAUGGACUGCAGUUCACCCAUCAGUGAGCAUGGUAGUGAUCCUACUUUUGAACUACCAAAGGAGAGCGCUUCCCCGGCUGCUGCAGAACCUCCUGCAAGCCAAGCUGCCAAGGAUGAGAGCCGCAAGGACCAAGGGGAGAGAGAGAGGAGCCAAGAGAGGAAGAAUGGCAGACAGCGGCGCACUCGUUUCCACUCCCCAACCUCUACCUGGUCACCUAAGAGGGACUCCAAGCGAGAAUCAUCCAGGCGCUCACGCUCGCGGUCGAGAGAACGUGACGGCAGCCCGCCCUCAAGCCGCUCAUCCCGAGCUCGCAGCAGAGAAAGAGACAGGGACCGGGAAGGUGAGAGAGACUAUUCUAGGAGGGAGCGUAGUCGUGAAAGGAGGAGGCGUAGAUCCAGGAGUCGCUCUAGGUCCCGGUCCCGGUCCCAUUCCAGGUCCCGGUCCCGGUCACGGUCUAGAACAAGGUCCUACAGACGAGCACCCAGUGUGGAUCGGCCACCCUCCAGAGAGCAGUCGCCCCAAAGGAAGGAGCGUCGUGGUGGCUGGAGGUCUGGGCAGGGUAGUGGAUCUGGAGGUGAGGGACGGAGGUAUCAGGGAGGCGCUGGCCGCUUUGAAAACGGUGUGCCUACAGAGGGUUCCCCCGACCGCCAGGGCUGGUCGGAUAAUCCCGAUUGGGUUACAGAAAAGAGUCGUAGCGACGCUGAGAGCAGGAAUCGGGACUCUAGUGGUGGUUCACGCUGGGAAGACCGCGGGAACAGAGGAGAGCCACGAGGGCGGGGUGGGCGUGGAGGGUUUGAACGUGGCCGGGGUGCUGGGCGAGGUGGCGGCAACCGUAGCUUCUACAGCCAGCAGGAGGAAACAACCGAAAACCGCUGGCAGCCCAGAAACAACUUCUCAGGUACAGGCAACAAUUCAGGGAAUGACGCGUAUAGCCGCUUCAAUGAAAACCGAGGCGGUGGCCGGAGGAAAGAGUCGGAUCAAGGAGACUCUAUGCUUGACCGGUCAGGCUGGUCAUCAGCAUCCAGCUGGGCUGUUAGGAGGACACUACCCGCAGACGUUCAAGAUUAUUACUCCAAGAGGGAGAGAGGAGGACCUGGAGGCUGGAACCGAUCAGAGGAGGAGCAGCCAGCAGCAGCGGCAGCAGAUGCCACUAAAAGUGAGCCUGCUCCCCAGGCAGUCCCGGGCAACGCUCCUGUUCCUGUGAUGAACGUGAUCCCUCCUCUGAAUGUUCUUCACCAUCACUACCCCAUGCAGGGCCCUCGAGGUCCCCUGCCAGUCAGCUUGCAGCCUGCGGCACCAUACGCCAUGCCUCCUCAGGUCCCCGUGCAUCUUCACCCUGCCGUACCACUGCUUCAGGUACCCGCUGUUGGUGCUCAGGGCCUCCCGCCGCCUCCCCCACCCCCUCCACCCAUGCACCAAGGCAGCCAGACAGCAGCAGCUCAGCCUGAUGGCUACGCGACACAGAUGGCGAAUACAAUGGUGGGUUAUGGGAAACCCGCCCUUCUUCCCACCCCAAUCAAAGCUGUGGCAACCCAGGGCCAGCUGGCACCCAGUCAGGUGCUGCCAUCCUCGACGACUCAGCCCAGCCAUCAUAACAGGGCUCAAGCUGACAGCUCCAAAAAAGAAAAGAAGCAACAGAUCCAAGAGAAAGCUAUAAAUGAAGUGAAGACAGCCAUCAAACCUUUUUACCAAAGGAAGGAAAUCACAAAGGAGGAGUACAAGGAGAUUGUCCGUAAAGCGGUAGAGAAGGUGUGUCACAGCAAGAGUGGCGAGGUGAACUCCAGUAAGGUGGCCAACCUGGUGAAGGCCUACGUGGACAAAUACAAGCACGCCCGCAAGAAAUGAACUCCCACCCUGCUGCUGGCAUGGCGAUGCCCUCACAGACCCAUUCAGCUGCUCAAGUGCAAUUUCCUCUAGCUGGAAUUUGGCCUCCAAACUGAAAGACAACGGAGAGCCAACAUUUUCUUUUCUACCUUUUAUUGAAUGAAGAUUUUUUUCUAUAGAUUUUCAUAUUUUGUUAGAUAAAGAAUUACCCAAUCAGAAAUUGUAAUGCAAGAGCCCUUUAUUUUGCAUAGAUCACGUGACUUGGGAACUACUGUAAGGACAGCAGGGUAGUGCGGGGUGGGGGGGUGGGUGGUUUGGACAGUUGAUACUAAAGAUGCAACGCUCAGUGAACGCCAACAGCUCAUGUAGUGGAGAGCCUCUCCCAGGGUGCCUGCUGGUACGAUGUAUUUCUCCUAUAUGGCAUCCUGAUCGCAUAGCUUAUUAAUUGAAUAUUGUCAAUGUUCUUUUUUUUAAAAUAUUAUAUAAUAUUUCAGAUGAAAGCCUAGUUUAAAAAAACAGUGCAUUGCCUUUAUUAAUCUCUGUGGCCCAAUGACGGGCUGGAAUCUGAUGAGUGUGAUUGUAAUUAGGGCCCUGAUUGGUUCAGGGGGCGCUAAGUGGGACGGCCAAUCAGCAGGAAGUGCGUUAUGUAAGGCACAGGUCCCGGGGGGUCCGAUUAAGUCAAAAUGAACCCCAUCCCCUGCCUGAAUGUGUAAUAAAUGUCAAUGGGUGAACAUGAACGUUGCAAGUAUCCAGAGAGUAGUGAAAUAAAUUAGCUGCUUCCUGAUCUGUUCCGUGUGUUUGUCAGAGGCUUCACAUGAAGGAAGGGAACGCUUUGAAAGAUGGAAGUGUUUGUCUCCAUCUUUGUUGCUGUUGUGUUUCUGCUCUACGCUUCCUAAAAAUGACCUUCGAAACAAUGUGUCAGUUUGUGAUGUUUUUGUUUCAACCCUUCAUUUUGCAAGGAAAGACAUCAAGUGUACAUUAAGUGGCUCUACAGGAGGGUGGCACACUGUUGUAGUACACUGCUUAUCAACUCGGUCACAAGAAUUUCCAGGUGUCACCAAAUGGUUGUGAACAAUAAAAUAACAUGGUGGCAGCAGUGUGGAAUGACUCGCAGAGGUUGAGAACCACUGUCCUGCACAAUAAAAUGUUUGGUUUUUUUUGGCCACUUGUGGGGCAGCAAAACAAGUUGUGAACAUAACGCUGACAUAUCCUUUAAGUUGAUAUAAUGAACUUGCGUAUUUACACAUCCAGCAAUCACGGAGCGUUAUUCUCAUUCAUUUGGAGUUGUGUUUCUGACCACCCGAUGAGCCCAAUAUACACUGUCCUUCAAACUCUAUUUUUGGUCUCUACCAACUCCUGAGGGAAAUAUCUGGCUCUUAAGCUGCCAAAUGCUCCACUAUGUCCAUCAGCUAGUCACAAACUGAUGCCGAGCAAGUGGUGUAAAUCAUGUUUCUACAGUGCUUUGUUUUUUGUUUGCUGAAAACUGUUACUUUACUCCUGCAGUCAAAAAAGAUGGUAUGGAAGCCAUGAGAGAAGUUGUAGAACAGAGCGAAACAAUGACCUGAAACUCGCUACAAAGCAUGAAAUGUCAGUGACUACUGCUUUCAGUCAAUACAUCUUCAAAAAAAAAAAACAUUCACUGAUGGAUGUAUUCUUGUCUCUGACUCACAGACCGCAGACUGCUGUUUUCAAAUCAUCUGGCUAAUUAGACAUCAGGUCGACAGUGGGUGACGCUUCACUGGGAUUUAUGUCACCAGACUCACUCAGACAAAUAAUUGGCCCUUUUUAACUGAAGACAUUUUGACACAUCACAUAUAAUUUUAAGAAAUGAAAUGAAUUCCUUGUUGCUGGUCCUGGUGGUGUGCAUGUUGGCUCACCUUCACGCCUCGGCUUCCUGGAACACUUCAAUAGAGCGGAGCUGUUGUUGAUAUUAGACACCUUUUACUUUCUCUACUCUUACAAGUCCAAAUGUGAGAAAGGCCUACGAUAAAGGUGUAAUUAAAACUGCCCAAAUAAUCAGACAUGAGAAUUUGUGAGAUGUCAGUCAACUAUUGUCUGCACUUGCCCACAUAGCCCUCAAAGGAAAUCUAAUAAGUGAGUUCCGGCACGGUUGUGCAGGACCUUUGAGCACCAGAGAAAUAAACGUGGUUGAGUUGCUGAAA